AUGGCUGCUGAUUUGAAGAUUACAUCUACAACUAAGGCCCAAGCAGUUCAAGCUUACAUACAUGCCAAGGACAAACUGAAAUACAUUACAGAUGAUCCACCUGAUCGUGAUCCUAAAGAUCCUACCACAUUCACAGUUCAUGAGGAGUGGAUGCGCGAAAACUCUAUUGUCAAGAUAUGGCUAUGGAACAAUGUUGAGCCUGCUAUUGCCUCGAAUGUUAUGUUUCACUCCCUUGCUAAGGAUGUCUGGAAUGACUUACGUGAAAGCUUCUCUCAAGAAAGGAACAUCUCUCGUAUGUAUGAUCUCUAUGAGAAAUUAUUUAACUUUCAACAAGGAGAUGAAACCUUGAAUGAGUAUUGUGCCAGUUAUAAGGGCAUGGUUGAAGAAUUACAAAUACAUCAGCCUUUGACCACUAAUCUUGAUCAGUUAAAGCAACAAAGAGCUGAGUUCCAUGUUGCGAAGUUUCUUUUUGGACUACACCUUGACUACCAGUUUGUGAAUAGUCAACUACUCACUGGAGAGAAGGUUCCUUCUCUUAAUGAAGUUUUUUCUCGUAUUAACCGUCUGGCUAAUCCGUUCAAACCUGACAGUACUCCCAAGGACAACUUUGUUGGCAAUCGUGGAUGGGGCUGUGGUCGUGGAUCUAAUGGACAAGGUAUAUGUACUCAAUAUGUUGACAAAUCUGCCCGCCAAUGCACUUUUUGUGGAAAACCUAAUCAUAUUGUUGACACUUGUUGGGCAAAGCACGGAAAACCUGAUUGGGCGAAUGAACUAGCCAAUAUUGCCACCACUGACACUACUACUGAGAAACCUAACAAUGACAUGAACUAG